AUGCUCACUCGACACGAAACCGAGAUUCUAACUGUUUCUGCCUCCACCGAAACUCCUGCUGGGCAACAAACCGAGAUCGUAACUUUUGCACUUUCAUCCCAGAGUACAACCAGCCGCCGGAGCCGCCAAACCGGUAAUCGUUUUCCGGUGCUAGGAUACACUUACUACACCAUGUCGUUCUCCAGCAACCCAGUCAUGCGCACGUUCAUCGCGACAACAAAUUCAGCCUUUCCUGAUAGAAUACCGCAAAUCAAUGUGUCCGAGAAGUUCAGUAACCCAAACAAGGUGGCUGUCAAGUCUGCCAUGGUCUCCGUCGGCCAGCAUCGUUAUCUCCUAGUUGGAUACUUCGAUCCUGCUAUGCCUCCAAAUCUUAAACUGAGGGAGAUUACGAUCAUCGAAACUGAGACCGGAGCACACCACACGAUGGACCCAGAUACUCCAGCUCCUCAAAAUCUUCCCCUCUCCUCGCGCCCUGCUUUCAGGCAAAUGCCACAAUAUCCAUUAAUUGACAUCCUGACUUACGACUUUGCAGACUGGCUACGCAAUACUGAAGAGCAUAACAACCUAGAAAAUCAGUGCGUCGGUUUGUUGUUGUAUGGCAGAGUGCUAAAUCAGUCCAGCGUCCAGCCCUCCCAGUCCCGUGAAGACGCCGAAAGAGCCAAUCAAACCGAACCGGAAACGAGACAACGACCGGAGGGAACUAGUACUCCACAGGAGCAGGUAGAGGUGCCGCAGGUACCCAGAGCAGAUGAAGAAGAAAGGAGGGCAGGAGAAAAAGAGAGAGAGAGCCGUGAAGAGGUAUCGAUCCGACGUCCGCCCAACACCGUGGAAACAGAUAUCGAGCCAAAGUCGGAAAGUGAAAGUGACGCCGCAGGUCCCUCUAUUUCCCUUGCAUUGGAUAAUCGAAGGCGAAAGAAGUCAUCUACUAUCUCUAGCAGGAACCCACGUUCAUCUUCGGCGGGACCCUCUAGGUCGAACGCACAUCGAACUUCGUCAACCGCCUCUCCUUCAGGUCAUUCUCGCUCAGAUUCAACAGAGGAAAGGUUGCGUUUGAUCAAAACCAUGACUUCCACGAUUGGUACCUUCAAAUCCAAAGGGGAAACCGUCCAGUAUCGACUGAUCACUUGUCAUUCGCCUGACAAGCUUUCGAAUGUACCCAGUUUUCUUCUGCCAAACCCCAAUCCUGGUGACGUUAUCACCCACAGGAUUCCAAACGCCCAAUCCUUUGAAGAUGCACAGUUAUGGCUUUACAUUGACAAUGAACAAGGAUGGGUAGAUCAAGAUGGCAUUUAUGGUUUUUGGGAAACUCCUAUUCUGCAUCCCCUGUGUGCAGACCAUUGUCUACGCUCAAAAGAAGGCAAACCCACUUGGAACACCAGGACUACAUGGGAUAAAUACCGCAAAGACCACAAUGUCCACCUUUUAUCUGAACGCUUGGCUUCAGAAGCCCUUUCUGCCAUUGAGAGCCUUGCGGCUGACUGA